ACAUUGUAUCUGUCAAAUUACGCGUAGAUUAUAAAUUUGGUUUCUACAGGAUUAGUGUUGAUAAAAACAAAAUAAGAAAGCUAUUCCUCGCUUUCGUACAAUAAAAUCAUGAAACGAAAAGUACCAAAAAUAUCUGCUGCAGCAGAUUCAUUUGUGCAGGAUUUAAUGGAACCGAAUUCAGAUCCGGACUCCGAUCCUGAAUUCGAAAGUGCUUUAAUAGCUGUUUUCGGUAAGCCACCGAGAAGAAAGAGGAAACGGGUGGCGAAUUUUGUCGUCGACGUAGUUGACAAAUAUACGGAUGCAGAGUUUCAACAGCAUUUCAGAGUAAAGAGGACCACAGCAGAAAAAAUUAUACGACUUUAUUCCAAUCCUCAGUUCUAUCGAGAAAAUCUAGGAGUUGGUCGCAGAAAUACUCCUGCGAAAGACCAAAUGUUGGCAUUUCUCUGGUUUUUGGCUAACAAAAGCUCCUACCGGCAAGUUGGAACUUUGUUCAACAUGGCUGAGACAACGUUCUUUAGGCACCUCAAUCAGAUCCUGAACUUUUUUUACGACAUUUCUAAAGAUAUCAUUCGUGUACCACAAACAACAGCAGAGAAGGAAAGUGUAGCUGAAAGUUUCAAUAGUAUUUCAGGGUUCCCGGACGUGAUCGGAUGCAUUGAUGUGUUGUACAUUUCCAUCCGUAAGCCUGCGAAUAAAAAACGAAACACCGACCAGCAUGAUGAGAAAUUCAUGACACUGCAAGGGAUUUGUGAUGCUAACUGCAAAUUUCUUGAUGUGUGCAUUGGAUCUCCGUCGAGGAUACAUCACUCCCGUGUUUUCUCGCUGUCACCGAUCAGCGAGGAAAUUGCUGCGAUAUGUCAGGACAAAUUCCACAUAUUGGGUGAUGCGGCUUACCCAAUAAGAGAAUAUCUGCUGACCCCGUAUUCUGGCAACCUGUCGGCUAAAAAACAGAACUACAAUCUGAGGCAUACUCAAACCCGUGUUCAGAUCGAGAAUGCUUUUGGAAUUCUGAAGCAUAGGUUCCGACAGCUUAUGCGAUUGGAUUUCUUCGAAGGAGAACGAAUGUGCAAGUUCGUGAUGGCAUGCUGUGUGUUGCACAACAUGUGCAUCGAUGAAAACGAUUAUUACGAAGGGGAUGAGGACCCCGAAGAUCCUGACGAUAUCCAACCAGAUUUAAGUCAAAGUCUAAACGAUCAAACGAGUGGAACGGCCGGAAAUGCUGCUUUGCGCAAGCGGGGUGAACUGAAACGAAAACAGAUUGCUACUAUGAUAAUGUAAUGAUAGGAAUUAAGUAUUUUGCGAACAAAAAAAUGUUUUACUGAAUUAACUACUAUGGCAUACGCCUCUCUAUAAAUAUUUAAUUACGUAAAAUAUUAACAGCACUUUAUAGCAUACAAGAGAGAAUAACGCACUUUACGAAUUCGGGUUAUUCACGUUGAAAGAGAUUUUAAAGGCUGUUCGCACCUACGUGAACACUCAUAUGUAAUUGUCAAAGUGUGCGUGAUGACAAAAGCAAAAAUAUUUCCUUCCUUCUUUUUCGCAUGCAAAAACCAAACAAAUACCAGCAACACAGUCAACGCGAAUAUAAAUUGAAUAAACUGUCAGCCGUGCUGACAUUCUGAUCUUAAAACUGAAGGUA